GCGAGGGAGCAUGCAAGCGAGGAUGCUGCCUCCACGAUGGCGAGGCCCGACAGUGCGAUAAUUCAUUCGACGGACUCUUAUUCUGCCUGUGAGUCGAUUCAAAAGCAGAUAACCCAUGGGACAGACUCAGACUCACGAACUCAAAUAGUCGAAUAAUCUCCCUCCAGCGUCCAUCCGGCAGAGUGUGUCCUCCGCGCGGGCUCCGCCAGCUUUGCCUCAACUUCCUUCUCUUGACGGGUUUCAAUCAGGCGCGUCAGCAGCUGAAUUCCACUCAGCCCCAUGCCGACUUUCCUCCCGCCCCUCUUCUCCCGCCGGCCGGCACUCCAGCCGGCGGCACCUACACUCCGACCGGCAGCGACUGCACCAAUCGCUGCUCCAGGGACGUCCUUUCGUGCCUUCCAGCCAAUCACAUUCAGCCAACGUGGCGGUGCGAUCGCAGAGUCAGCGCCUGGUGCGCAGCCACGUGGCCCGAGAGCUGCCCACGUGGCACGGGUCGCGCUGCUGGUCGCCGUCGCUGGCGCGCUCAUCGCGUGCGACUUGUGGGGGCUGCAGCUAUGGAACAGGGACGUCGCACGGGUCGCACAGGUCGCACAGGUCGCACAGGGGGAUCGGAAGGGACAGGCUGAGUCGCAGGUGAUGUUGCAAGCAGUGGAAGAGGCGAUGGAAAUCGGCGGCGACAGGGGCGGGGGGAGUGGAGAAGGCACCUCUCACAGUAGCCCUGGUGACAGCUCUAAGCGUGGCAGCAGCAGCAGCAGCAGCAGCAGCAGCAGCAGCGCGGUGGUGUACAGAGGGGCGCCGUGGAAGGCUGAUGUGGGCACAUGGCUCGUAGAGUGCAGCGAACAGUUUCUGGAUGUGACUGUAGGCGAGGCGCUCUUCGCCCACGCAUGUCCCGGCAACUGCAGCGGCAACGGCGUGUGCAACCAUGAGCUGGGGGAGUGCAGAUGCCGACACGGGUACUCAGGUCCUGACUGCUCGCAGUUGCACCUGCACCAGUGCAACCUGCCUGCCUCACCAGAGUGGCCUGUGGGGCCGUGGGUGGCGUCUAUCUGUCCGGCUCACUGCGACACCGCAACUGCACUCUGCUUCUGUGGGAAUGGCACCCGGUUUCCCCACCGAUCCAUCACUCACCCCUGUGGGUUUGUGUACAGGAACCACGACUUUGUGUUCAGCGAGGUGGACACGGAUCUGCUCUUCCAUGCGCACACUGGCUACUGCAACGCCGACCCCCUUGUGGGCUUCCAGCGCGACUACACGGGGUGCGGCAUCUGCGAAGUGGACGGGUACCUGGGGCCCUUCUGCGACACAAGGGUGGAGUCGUUUUGCCUCAACCAGUGCUCGCUGCAUGGCGUUUGUCACAGGGGCUACUGCGAGUGUUCGGACGGCUUCUUUGGCAUCGACUGCAGUGUGCCGUCCACUUUCACGCCACAUGUGUUGUCCACCAUGCCUCACGAUUUGCCCCGGCGGCGAUUGCGGGACCAUGCAGGUGGGGCGCUGGAGGCGCAGGAACGAGGGGGUGGUGCUGUUGCUGGGGUUGUUGCUGCUGCUGGUGGCACAGCAGUGCAGCAGAAGGUGGGUGCAGCAGCGGUGGCAAAGUCACAAGUAAAAGACUUCGACAGCAGCCGACGGGAGCAGCAGCAGCAGCAGCGGCAGCAGCAGCAGCAGCAGGGCGAGGCAGUUCCCACGGGACACUGGGCACGGUGGGCGCAGCGGCGGGCUUUUAGGUCCACUCAAAAGGAGCAGCGCCAGGGCAAGCAUGUGGGUGGCAGGCGGUGGGUGCGGCGGCGGCCGCCGCUGAUCUAUAUCUACGACCUGCCAGCUGAGUUCACGUUUAACCACCUGGAGGCAAGGAAGAUCCGCGCGUACUGCACCACGAGGUUGUAUGGCAUGAGGAACGAGACGCUCUACAACCACUUUCAGCUCUAUGGCAUGGAGGUGGCAGUCCUGGAGUCUCUACUCGCCAGUCCACACCGGACCACCAACGCGUCGGCAGCUGACUACUUCUUUGUGCCCGUCAUGGGGGGAUGCAUCACCGCCAGGGCUGACGACUCGCCAGGCACCUCCAUGCAGGGCAGGUUCAAGAAUCGCAGGUCGUACUUUGCAGCGGACUACUACCAGCGUGCAUUGGAGCACAUUCGAUCUGCUUACCCCUACUGGGAUAGAACUGGUGGCCGGGACCACAUUUGGACCUUCCCCUGGGACGAGGGCGCCUGCAGCGCACCCCAGGAGGUCUUCAACGGCAUAAUGCUGUCGCACUGGGGCAACACCAUGGCCGCCCACGACCACUCCACCACCGCCUAUCUCCUCGACAGCUGGCACGACAUCCCAACAGCCCUGCGCGGGCGGCACGCGUGCUUUGACCCGCUAAAGGACGUGGUGAUGCCGGCCUUCAAGCCGCCCAGCGCGGAGCACCUGAGGGAGAGGCUGUGGCUCAACCCAGUGGAGAAUCGGCGGCGGCUGUUUUUCUUUGGGGGAAAUCUCGGACUCAACUUCACCCACGGCCGGCCAGAAGCCAACUACAGCAUGGGCAUCCGGCAGCGAGUGGCGCUGUACUUUGCGUCGGAGCCCAACAGGCACGGGCAGGUGGGGCUGCUGGCACAGCCCGAUGUGGUGGUGCAGCCUGGACCCAUCUACGACUAUGCGGUGCAGCUGUCGCAGUCUCGCUUCUGCGGGGUGCUCCCAGGCGAUGGCUUCAGUGCGCGCAUGGAGGACAGCCUGCUGCACGGCUGCAUCCCCGUCAUCGUCCAGGACGGCAUAGAGCUGCCAUUUGAGAAUUUCCUCGACUACCCGUCGUUCACAGUGCGCGUGGCAGAGGCCCACAUCCCCAACCUCGUCACCAUUCUCCAGUCCUUCACAGACGACCAAGUGCGUGCAAUGCAGCGGGCGGCGAGCCGUGUCUGGAUGCGGUGGUUCUACCGGGCAGCCGUGCUGCUAGAGGCGGGGCGGCAGAGAGCCCAGGGGAAGGAGGUCGGGGAGUGGGUGGCGGAUUUGGAAGGCAUGGAGGGGGAUGAUGCAGUGGAUACACUGAUGCAGAUAUUGCAUAUGAAGAUGUUUAGAGACGCAUGGAGGCGACAAGAAGGCCCAAUUAUGUGUUCAAGAGAAGGAAAAGUACCGUCAAACAUAGUGGCUAUGUCAAAGUGAAUAUUGGUUUGGAAUAUGAAUUUUUACAAUUGUGAAGACAAUUACGGUAUCUGUGUAGAAAAUAAUAACGCGUCUACUUUGGC